GGAAAUUCCCCUAAUUGGGGGCUUGUACAGCCUCCAAUGAAUAUUUUAAUUAAAACAAAUUAUUCUUUAAAUAUUAAUUCUUCUGAAGAAAUUUUAAUAAGCCUUCAAUCUCAAAUAACAACAAAAUCUAUAGAAUGGAGGCAUCCCCUCUUAGCUUUGAUUUUAAUGUUAUUUUGUAUGGCAACAGUAUUUGGCAAUUCUUUAGUUGUAUUAGCUGUUUUCACUAAACGUUAUUUGAGAAAUCCAACAGGUUAUUUAAUUGUUUCUCUAGCUGUUGCAGAUUUGAUUGUUGGCCUUGUUGUUAUGCCAUUAAAUUCAUUAUUCGAAAUGUCAAGGCAUGUUUGGAUGCUUGGCUUAACAACUUGUGAUAUUUGGCAUGCAUUAGAUAUAUUAGCUUCUACAAGUUCAAUAUGGAAUUUGUGUGUAAUAAGUUUAGAUAGAUAUAUGGCUGGAAUUGAUCCUAUAGGUUAUCGUGACCGUGUUUCCAAACGUCGAAUUGUUUAUUGUAUUUUAUUUGUUUGGAUGGUCUCUGCAUGUAUUUCAUUUCCUGCUAUUUAUUGGUGGAGAACUUCCUCCCCCCAUCUCUAUACUGAUCAAAAAAAAUGCCUUUUUACUGAUGAUGCCUAUUAUGUUAUAUUUUCGUCGCUAAUUUCUUUCUACAUUCCUCUUGUAUUAAUUCUUUUUGCUUAUGGACGUGUUUAUUGUAUUGCUACAACACAUUCAAAGUCUAUGAAAAGUGGAGAAAAAAGGAUCUUGUUGAAACGUAAAAAAACUCGAAAUUCUGGAAAAUCAGUAAAAUCAAGUCCAGAAGGCGAAGGAGAUUCUCCACGAAACAAUUCUGGAUGCUCGGAUACAAUGAGAAUCCAUUUUGGGCAAAAAAGGAAUACUGUAGUUGCUACAAACAAACUUCCUUUAGUUGCUGUUUCCGAUGAUGUUGGGGAUGGUUUUUGUGGGGGAGAUAGUGAAUCGACAACAGAAAUACGUUGUAAAUUAAUUUUAAAUGGAAUGAAUUCAUUAAAAGCGGCACAAUAUGGAAUUGGGCAUAGAAAAUGUUCCAGUAAUUCUUUAAUGUUACAUGCUGCUAAUAUUGCUAAUCAAAAUGCAAAUUAUUGCAGAGGGUCAAAUCCAAUGAUGAAAAACUCAAGAACAGCGUCUUUCUCAAUAAUUGGAGAUAAUAAAACAUUUAAUAAAUCUGAAUGUCCAACAACUCCAUUACAAAAGAAAAGAAGCCCUACCCAAUUAACUAAUUAUUCAAUGUCUAUUUCUACUCCAAAAUCUUCAAUUGCUUCUUGGUUUAAUUGUGGUGGGGAGAGUCCAGAUCAUCGACAACAUUUGUUAGAAUUGUGCCAUAAUGGACAGGAUGUUGAACGUCUUUUACAUAAUCCAUUAAUUAAAAAAUCAAAUGGUAGUCCCCUACCUAAUAAUAAUCAAAAUCAUCAAAGAAAAAGAAUUGGAAUGAGAGAGAAAAGUAGGCAAAUGAUUAAACAAUUAAAUGAACAAAGAGCAGCUAGAACAUUAAGUAUUGUUGUUGGAGUAUUUAUUUUAUGUUGGACACCCUUCUUUUUAUUUUCUCCAAUUAUUGCCUUAUGUGGAGAUAAAAAGUGCUUUGAAAACCGUGAUGCUGUCUUCUCUAUAAUUACUUGGGCUGGCCAUUUAAAUUCAAUGUUAAAUCCAUUAAUUUAUUCAAGAUUUUCACGAGACUUCCGAAAAGCAUUUAAACAAAUUUUAACUUGUGAAAGAGAAAGGCCGACAAAAAAGGCUAUAAAAAGCCCUUUAAAUAUUGUACUUGCACAAUUAAAUAGUAUGGCAAUGAUUGCUCCCCCUCCAAUUGAUAGUAAUACUAAAACAGUAAAUGAACAACAAAAUGCUAAAUAUACAAACAAUUCUUUAUCAGUUGAUUCUGAUAAUGAUAAUCAAAAAUUAAAUAAUUUAGAUAAUAGAUAG